AUUGGUUGAUGGGACCAGUGACGAGCUGGUGAUUGGUUGAUGGGUUCAGUGCCGGACUGGUGAUUGGUUGGUGUGCGCCGGUGCGGGUGGGGACGGAGGCAGGCUGGCCGGCCGCAGUUUACCGGGAGAGGGCCGUCGGAGGGAGGAGGGCAAAGGCAGAGAGUAGACGGUGCGCCUUCUCUGCUACCGCCAAGUGGAGCUCGCGGUCAAGCCGGGACACGGCCGCGUUUCUUUUGUUGCUGUGAAUGUGGGAUCGUUGAGGUCGGUCACCGCGAACUGAGUGGCUUUUCCGCGGCUUGAUUUGUUGUCGCUAUGUCCACCCCGGCGAGGCGGCGGCUGAUGAGGGACUUCAAAAGGCUACAAGAGGAUCCUCCAGCUGGUGUUAGUGGAGCACCUUCUGACAAUAAUAUUAUGUCCUGGAAUGCAGUUAUAUUUGGACCAGAAGGAACACCUUUUGAAGAUGGUACUUUCAAACUGGUCAUAGAAUUCACAGAGGAAUAUCCUAAUAAACCUCCAACUGUUAGAUUUGUAUCAAAAAUGUUCCAUCCAAAUGGUAAGUGUUUAAAACUUGUUCUUUAAAAUGUAAUUGAUUCGUAGGGGGAUAUAGUGUCCUGACACCUUUCUGGUUUCUUGACCAUUCCAGUUUGUCAUUCUUCAAAUGUGAGCCAAGAUAAUUAUCUAAUUGAGACUAACUGUGGAAACCACUAUAGCAGAUCUGAACUUGUAGCUUGAGGCACUUUUCCAAAGAGGAUUUUUGCACAAUAAUUAGGAACAGGAACUUUUCUGUAGUAAGCGCAUGAGUACAUCGGGUAGAAUACACAAUAGGGAAUGUUGUAAGUGUUUAUGGGACCUUGAUAUUUGUAACCCUUCCUGAAUCUGACCCACCUUCAAAUGUGGGGAUAAAGAAACAUUUGUUUUUCUAAAAAAAAUCCUUGCAGACUUUGGAUAAUUGUGCACACCAGGAAGAUCAAACCCAAGGGUAGUCUUUUAUAGUUCAUUACAACAGGAUUGUUAUGCUACAGAAGGAAGCUAUUUGGCCCAUCUUGUGUGUACAGGUUCUCCAAAUGAAAUGUCAAUUAGUGUCUUCUUCUUAUUGUCUUCAGAUAACCCUACGCCUUGGUUCUGUUCAAGUAACCAUCCAAUUUCCAUUUUAAUGCCUUUAUUGAACUUGCCUCAAUCACAUUGUCAGGCAAUGAAUUCCAGACCACAAAUAUUCACUGAGAGAAAAAGCUUUUCCUUGCAUUGCUUUUACUUAUUGCCAAUUCCUUCAAACCUGUACUCUCUCCUUUAUCUUUUCAUGAGUUGGAACAGAUAUUCCCUAUCUCUCCUGCUCCUUCGUGAUUUAUAAUAAGUCUGUCAGAUCUCUUUUCGGCCUCUUCUCUCCAAGGAUAACAGCCCUUAUUUCAGCAAUCUAUCUUCAUAUUUGAAAUUUCUUAUCCCUGGAACCAUUCUCUUGAAUCUUAUCUUUUAUGCACUCUCUGCAGUACCUCACAUUCCUCCUAAAGUGAGGUACUAGAACUAAUUGCAGCAUUUCAACUAACUACUAGAGUCCCACUGCUCCUACAUCUCCAUUAUUUGUACCCUCUAGUUUACAUUGUUUCUCAUCUCUGUCUCAUAAAGUGAGAAAUCUCAGUUUCUUCACAUUGAACUUCAUCUCUCGUUGACUGCCCAUUCCACCAAGCUGUUAAGAUCCUUUUUUUCAUGUUUUGUGCUCUCCUCACAGUUUAUAACAUU